AUGAGACCGAAAGAGAAAGGAUUGUCAGAUGACGACAUUGAGAGGAUUGUUAACUUUGAUUGGGAUGCCUCUUCUGACGACGAAAGUGAUGACGAGAUGGAUGACAUUUCUGCAGUGCUAGAGAAGAAUUUGGAAGGGAUCGUGCAAAGAGGGGAAACUGUAGAGAUUGACCUUCUCGAAAAUAUGAUUGCAGAAGAAUGUGAGCCGAAAUCUUGUGUGGCUGAUAAUUGCUUUGAAAAAGUUGACCCCAAGACACUAAAGGGGGAAAAAAGGCCAUUUGCACCUUUGGAGACCAGUUGGGAAGAAAAUACUUUGAAGGUCGACGAUGUGAUGAUGCCAGUAGAAUAUUUCUGCACUUUUUUUAAUAGCCAAGUUUUUGAUUUGAUCACACAACAAACAGAUUUAUAUGCGCUGCAAGAACACGGCAUUGAGCUCAAAUACACUGUUGAAGAUAUUAAACGCUAUAUUGGUAUUUUGUUGUACAUGGGUGUUUUAAAAUUGCCUCAACUCAAAAUGGCAUGGUCAAAAGAUUUAAAUCUUACCGCUAUAACAGAUUCAAUGCCGCGCGGAAAGUUUGAAAAAAUAAAACAAUGUUUACAUUUCAACGAUAACACUAAACAAUCCAAAAAAGGCGAUUUGAACUAUGACAAGUUGUACAAAAUACGUCCUUUACUAGACAGUCUCAAAGAAAAUUUUGGAAAGCUACCCCAGGAAGAACAUCAAAGCAUUGAUGAACAAAUCAUUGCGUUCAAAGGUCGAUCGUCAUUUAAACAAUACAACCCUGCUAAGCCUCAUAAGUGGGGUCUGAAAAUGUUUACGGGUGCUGGAACCUCUGGAUUAGUGUACGACUUUACGUUGUAUGUUGGUGAAGGUACCUGUCCUGCUUAA